AUGGGGCCCGAAGGGCCCACAUCUGUGCCGGGCGGGCGCUGCCAGUCCACGCCGCCGCGCUCCCCUGCCGCCAAUGACGCCGCCGCCGCGCAGAGCCCGCCCCCGCCCGCAUCAGGAACCCCCGCCGCCGCGCAGGACCGCCGCCGCCUGAAAGCACCGCCCGGAGCUUCUCCGUCCCGUGCCGGAGGAACCCCGGAAGGGGAAGGGCCGGGGGCCGUCGCCGCCAGCGUUGCCCAGGCCAGGCCCGCGGAGGGCGCCAUCGACGGCGGUGGGGAGGUGGUGGAGAGAUGGGGAGCGCUCACGGGGAAGGGGGGAGGGGGGCAUGGCCGGUCGCCCGCGGGGGCGACGCGGUCGCGGUUUGGGGAGCGUGCGUGCGCUCGCGCAUUUCUAGCAAUGGAAGACGUUAAUACACAGAAUAGUGGCAGUGGCACGGCUCAGUCAUUUUUCUGUACAAGGCUGAGGCGUCCCGAGGUCGCGAGUUGCCGCCCCGACGACGCCGAUGACAUCGACGCCGUCAGGCUGCCGCCCCCGUCCGCCGUAUAUGUCGUCGCCGUCGCCCUGCCCCGGCCUCGCCGCACCCUGCCCCGACCCCUCGACGCGCCCUGCCCCGACCUCGCUGUCGCGCACGCCGAGCGCCCUGCCCCGACCUCGGCGUCGCUUGCCUGCAGUGUGAGCCCGCGCCGUUCCCCCUCCUCUCCCCUUCCGCCCACGUCCCAACGCCGCCGCGCGCCCGCCCCAAUGCCACCGCCCGCACCGACGCUGCCGCCCGCCCCGGCGCCGACGACGAAGCAGGCCCCCUGUUCAUAUGCAAAAAAUUUUUAUUCUUAG